AGUAAAAUUCCAACGUUCGAGUGAUCAAGCUAGUGUUAAUUUGAUUUUCGGUUUAGUUUUUCCCCCGCAAACUUUAAUUUCACAAAAAUCAUGACUUUUUCUGGUAAAGUUAUUCUCAUAACGGGAGCCAGUUUAGGUAUAGGAAGAGCUACAGCCAUUCAUUUGGCAGAAUUGGGAGCCAAACUCGCACUAACCGGACGUAAUGUAACCAAUCUUCAAAGUGUUUCUAAGGAAUGCGAGGCUGUAAGUAAAUCUAAACCACUGCUCAUAACUGGAGAAAUGGCGAAUGAACAAGAUGUUAAAAAUAUCAUCGACAGCACGAUAAAACAUUACUCUCGUUUGGACGUUCUCAUCAAUAAUGCCGGUAUUUGGGAAAUGGGAAGUAUAGAAAACACUUCUUUGGAACAAUACGAUCGCAUUUUCAACGUAAAUGUUCGAGCUGUGUAUCAAUUAACAAUGUUAGCUGUGCCUCAUUUGAUCGAAUCCAAAGGCAACAUUAUCAAUAUAUCAAGCAUAUGUGGCUUACGUUCAUUCGGUGGUAUUUUAGCGUACAGUAUGUCAAAAUCAGCUAUAGAUCAAAUGACUGGAUGUGUUGCUUUGGAGUUGGCCAGCAAAGGAGUUCGAGUGAAUAGUGUCGAUCCCGGUGUAAUAAUAACCGAUAUACAUAAAAGAAGUGGGAUGGACGAUGAAGCUUACGAUAGAUUUUUAGAAAGAGCUAAAGAAACACACGCGCUGGGUCGUCCUGGUAAUGCAGAAGAAGUGGCCAAAGCAAUUGCAUUUCUUGCUAGUGAAGAGUCGUCUUACAUUACCGGUGUUAAUCUGCCUGUUGAUGGAGGUCGUCAUGUCAUGUGCCCACGAUAAACGAAAACCUCAAUGUAUUAUUAAACGUAUAAAUUAAU